UUCUUUUGUGGGCGGGGUCUCGCGCUAAGUCACGUCUAGUAAACUGUUCUCCUAAUUAGGGAACCUUCUGGCGCGGGCGGGGCGAGGAGCUGAGAGCGGCUCGGUGUGCGCCUGCGCCGAGUGCCGGGACAGGGCGUGUUCCUCGUUCGGGUGCUCGCUUUGCACGGACCGAGUGCAUCUCUCGCCGCCGGAGUGAGCUCUGCAGAAGCCUGUUGUUCCCACGCGCAGCCUGUUAGGUGCAGCCCUCCGCAGUCAUGUCCAAGUCUCUGAAAAAGUUGGUGGAGGAGAGCCGGGAGAAGAACCAGCCGGAAGUGGACAUGAGUGACCGGGGCAUCUCCAACAUGCUGGACGUCAACGGCUUGUUCACCCUGUCCCACAUCACCCAGCUGGUCCUCAGUCACAACAAGCUAACAACUGUGCCGCCAAACAUAGCGGAACUGAAGAAUUUGGAAGUGCUUAACUUUUUUAAUAACCAGAUUGAGGAGCUUCCCACGCAGAUCAGCAGCCUUCAGAAACUCAAGCACCUGAACCUGGGCAUGAAUAGACUCAACACUCUGCCUCGAGGAUUUGGAUCGCUCCCAGCUCUGGAGGUCCUUGAUUUGACUUACAACAACUUGAAUGAAAAUUCUCUUCCCGGAAACUUCUUCUACCUGACCACCCUGCGUGCACUCUAUCUAAGUGACAACGAUUUUGAAAUCCUGCCGCCUGAUAUUGGGAAACUCACGAAGUUGCAGAUACUCAGCCUUAGGGAUAAUGACCUGAUCUCGCUGCCUAAGGAAAUCGGGGAGCUUACUCAGCUUAAGGAGCUCCACAUUCAGGGGAACCGUCUGACUGUUCUGCCCCCAGAACUAGGAAACUUGGAUUUAACUGGUCAGAAGCAGAUAUUCAAAGCAGAGAACAAUCCCUGGGUUACCCCCAUUGCUGACCAAUUCCAGCUUGGUGUGUCCCAUGUGUUUGAAUACAUCCGCUCUGAGACGUACAAAUACCUCUACGGCAGACACAUGCAGGCAAACCCUGAACCGCCGAAGAAAAAUAAUGACAAAUCGAAAAAGAUCAGCCGGAAACCCCUGACAGCCAAGAACAAAUAAGGGGUUGGCAUGGGCUGGACUUCUGGUUGCUUCUCUCGUUAUUACUUCUGUUCUCUCUUUUUCUGUCUCACAAAUGAAUACUGUGUGUGUGUUUGUUUUGGUUUUUUCUCUUUCUAGUGCUUACCACCUUACCUUUUAAAUUCUUUUGGUGGGUGGUAGAUUUUUUUAUAAGUUCUUCAAACCAUUUCCAUUUGUUUCCUUGAAAUUGCCAAAGGCAGGAAACGAAGGCUUAAUUCAGCUGCAAAUUCCAUAUGAGGCACAGCUUUCAGCUCCUUGAAUAGAUGUUCACAGAGUUGCUUAUUAUGAAAAGAAUAAUUAAAAUCAUGUAAUCAUUUAAAUGCCAGUUAACACUGUUCACCCUUCUGUUUAUUCACAUAACUCAUUAUUUUUGCUUUAUUAACGGUUUUCCUUCACCACCGAGAUUUUAUGUCAACUUACAAAUGAUUUUAAUAAAAUCUUGACUUUGUGUCACAUGUUGCUUCUUGAAUAAAAAAAAAAAAAUCUGAUCUUGG